GGCGUGCGGAAUAUCCAAGGAUAAAUAGCCAACAUAUGUCAUUGGAAAUGAAGUUGAAGAAGGAGAGAGAAUAUUAAGAGCUAGUUAAACUAAGAAGAGUGAUACUAUAGCAUAUACUAAUAGUGCAUUCUAUUGUUUCCAUCAAAACACAAGACCUUAAAGAUGGUAAGAGCUCCUUGUUGUGAAAAGAUGGGAUUGAAGAGGGGUCCUUGGUCUCUUGAGGAAGAUGAAAUCCUUACAUCUUACAUCCAAAAACAUGGCCAUGGCAAUUGGCGUGCCCUCCCAAAGCUUGCAGGCUUGUUAAGGUGUGGAAAAAGCUGCAGACUUAGGUGGAUUAACUAUUUGAGACCAGAUAUUAAGAGAGGAAAUUUCACAAAUGAAGAAGAGGAAAAUAUCAUUAAGCUGCAUGAAAUGCUUGGAAAUAGGUGGUCGGCAAUUGCAGCAAAACUACCAGGAAGAACGGAUAAUGAAAUAAAAAAUGUGUGGCACACGCAUUUGAAGAAGAAGCUAAACCAAACAAACUCAGAAGCUAAGAAAAAGGCGAUCUCAAAACCAAAAAUCAAACGUUCUGAUUCGAAUUCAAGCACAAUAACACAAUCAGAAUCAGCAUCUGCAUGCACUACUAGUUCUAGUGAUUUUUCAUCUGUCACAGUUGGUGAAAGAAAGGAUAUAAAAAGUGAAGACAUUGAGUCUAUGGAAGAAACAAUGGCUGUAAUUGAUGAGAGUUUUUGGUCAGAAGCAGCAGCAUUGGAUGAAACUUCAACUGAUAUGAAAUCAAGUUCAUUAACAAUCUCAAAUGAAAUGUUGCCACUUCAAUACCCUGAUGAAAUUCUUCCAGAAAGUCAUGAAGAUUAUAAUUCUAACAUGGAUGAUGGCAUGGAUUUUUGGUAUGAUAUAUUUAUUAGGACUGGAGAUCAAAUAGAAUUGCCUGAGUUUUGAGUUAAUAGAAAGUUCAAAAAAACAUAGUAACUCCAAUUUUUUUUGACAACUAAAAGUUUAGACAAGUUGGAAUUGGGUACGGUCUAUCAGAGCAGGUCUCGGCUCAUAUACUAAUAGUGUACGCUAUUCAGUAAAGAGAUUCUCUCACAUUGACAACGAGAUUCAAAUUCUUAUCUUUAUGUGAUAUGAAGAUAUGAGUUUCAUUGCAACGUGGUAAUUUCAGUUUGAAUGUGACAAGAAAAAUAUGUGAUGUGAUCAUUGUCUCCAAGGUAAUGAUAUGUAAUCUAUCUCUAUGUAAAGAGGGAUUACAAGGGAAACAUUGAUUUUUAUUUUCAAUGUAUAUUGUGAAAAACAACAAGUCUUAGACAUUUUUUUAUUUUUUCUUUAAUUAGGAGUUUAGGUUAGAGUUUGAUUGUAAUACCAAUAAAUGAUGUACUAAAUUAGUAAGCGGAAGUAUUCAGAAUUUUGUGCCACUAAAUUUUCUAAUAAACUCAUUUGAAAA